AUGGAAAUGACGGGUCCGCAGACUGGGCAGUGCACCGGGGCAGCUUUCCAAAACAACGACAAUGUCAUCACUAUUGCUGACGGUCCCGGGUGCGAUCUCUCAGGCUCGGAAUACACUGUUCGGUAUUGCCCGGAUCAGAAUGGCUUCGUUAUCAACCUUGUCAAGCCCUGGAACGUGGAUGUUGUUCUCUCCAGCCAAGCCUGCCCGUCAGAAGCAGAGAGGGCUGAGAAUUCACAGUCUGAAAAGCAGGCCAUUUUGCCAUGA